GCAUGGAUGAGGACGGAUUACCCAUUGUGGGGUCGGGAAUAGAUCUUACAAAGGUUCCUGCAAUUCAACAACGGAGAAUUGUGGCCUUCCUGAAUCAGUUUAUCGUUCAUACUGUCAGAUUCCUGAACCGAUUUUCCACUGUUUGUGAGGAGAAACUAGCAACAGUUUCUUUACGGAUCCAGCAAAUCGAAACAACACUCAGCAUUUUAGAAGCAAAGUUGUCUUCUAUACCUGGCUUGGAAGAAGUGACAGUGGACGGAGUGAGACCGUCUGCGCAGACGAAUGGACCGACAGUGGAUGGCACGAGCCCCUCUACAGGUUCCCCUCCUGAGGUAACUCAGCAAGCACAGGUGGUCUCUCAGGAGCCGAAAGCUGAGGUAACAACGGAAAAUGUGAUGACUGUUGCAAAGGACCCACGAUAUGCCCGAUAUCUAAAAAUGGUGCAAGUGGGUGUUCCUGUCAUGGCAAUUAAAAAUAAGAUGAUACUGGAAGGUUUGGACCCCAGUUUGCUUGAUACCCCCGAUGCACCUGUUCCAGAUGGUGGCAAAAAAGCGAUGGAAGAUCAAGAUGACAGUUCAGGCAGCGAAUCAUCUUUCAGUGACUGAUUGGUCCCACCCCUUGGCCAAUGAGCUUUGUAUUUGAAAGGCCUGCACAGGCCACCAUGAACCUUGCAGGGUAAAUGCACUUAAAUUUCCCAACACAGGACAGUCUUGUGAUGGCACUAAGGUUGCAACAGAUUGUACCAGACAUGAUGUCCCUUAUAGUUUCUGAGGACAGAUGCUCACUGGGUGAGAUGAUGGGUGCUAAUGAUUAUGUUAUAAGUAGUCAGUUUGUGUCUCUUUAAUUGUUGACUCAUUUCUGUACAUUCUAAUGAACAUCUCAUGCCUGACGUUACAUGACUAACAUUUAUAUCAACAAUAAAUACAUGUCAGUGA